GGCGUUGAUCCAGUGAAUGUUCUUUAUCUGGAUUUGACGAAGAAAUGUAUAAAGUUAGAUGGACGAUAUUAGAAAGUGACGCUUGACUUUAAAGAGUGUCACUGAUGUCGGUGUGACGCGUCAUUUAUCAGCUGAUGGAUGAUGUCUAAUCUGACAGGUUUCUCUUGAAUUUCAAAAUGGAUCUACAAUAUGAAUACCGCCUCCUACGCCAAAUCAACCAUCAAAAUGACAACACAUGCCUGACUAGAGCAACACAAUCCACUGCUUCCCCAGUCAUGUCACCCAAUAAACUUGGAGACCGAUUUAUUCCUACUAGAGCGGGGGCCAAUUGGGAUAUCAACUUCCACAGGCUCAGUGAAAACGAGAAGUCAGCAAAUCAAAACAGGAAAGCCAAGGAACCAUCUUCUGAUAUUGUUAAAGCAGAUGGUUUGACAUACUCCGCUCUGCUGAAGAAUGAGCUCCUGGGAGCAGGAAUAGAAAGGGUCCAGGAUCCUCAAACCGAAGACAACCAUUUGCAGCUGUUGACACCUCAAAAGCAGAGACUUUUCACUUACACUCUUGAGCUCAAAAGAAGCUCACCAGCCAACGAACCCAACAUCUCUCCAUACUCAUUAUCACCUGUCAGCAACAAAAGUCAGAAACUGCUCCGAUCACCGAGAAAGCCAACCAGAAAGAUUCCCAAGAUUCCCUUCAAAGUCCUGGAUGCACCAGAACUACAGGAUGACUUUUACCUGAAUUUGGUGGACUGGUCAUCCCUCAAUGUGCUCAGCGUCGGACUGGGAACAUGCGUUUACUUGUGGAGUGCUUCUACUAGCCAGGUAACAAGACUAUGUGAUCUAUCCGUGGAGGGAGACUCAGUUACGUCAGUUGGCUGGUCUGAGAGGGGCAACCUGGUAGCAGUGGGGACUCAGAAAGGCUAUGUCCAGAUCUGGGAUGCCGGCGGCGCCAAGAAAAUCUCCACCCUGGAAGGACACUCGGCCAGAGUUGGGGCUCUAGCAUGGAAUGCGGACCAGCUCUCCUCAGGCAGCCGGGAUCGCAUGAUUCUUCAGAGGGACAUCCGAGCUCCUCCUCUCCAGUCAGAGCGACGGCUGCAAGGACACAGGCAGGAAGUGUGCGGCUUGAAGUGGAGCACCGACCAUCAGUUGCUCGCUUCUGGUGGUAAUGACAAUAAGUUGCUGGUAUGGAACCACUCAUCACUGAGUCCUGUGCAAGCGUACACAAAUCACCUGGCUGCAGUGAAGGCUAUCGCCUGGUCACCACAUCAGCAUGGCCUGCUAGCCUCUGGGGGCGGCACAGCGGACCGCUGCAUUCGCUUUUGGAAUACGCUGACAUCGCAGCCGCUGCAGUGUGUGGACACGGGCUCACAGGUCUGCAAUCUGGCUUGGUCCAAGCACACGAAUGAGCUAGUAAGCACUCACGGCUACUCUCAAAAUCAGAUCUUGGUUUGGAAAUAUCCAGCGCUCACUCAAGUGGCUAAACUCACAGGGCACUCCUACAGAGUUCUUUAUCUGGCUAUGUCCCCGGAUGGGGAAGCAAUUGUUACAGGAGCGGGAGAUGAGACGCUCCGCUUUUGGAACGUGUUCAGUAAAACAAGAUCCACAAAGGAAUCUGUGUCCGUACUAAACCUGUUUACCAGGAUUCGGUGACACGGAACAAAAUCAAGGGUCUCCUAUCAUUGCCAUGUUUCUGCAGUUGAAAAUGUUUAAUCAUGCAAAAUUUGUUUUGUGGAAGUAUAGUGAAAUAAUUUCUUUUGUAUACUAAAAAAGUACAAGGACAACUUUUUCCUUGAAUUUUCUUUUGUGAAUCAAGUAGAGUACCUUUUGAUUUUGUAAACAGGUCUAAUUUAUUUACGCACUUGAAUUAUAACACGUUGCUCAUUGUGUGGCGGUACAUUUGCCUGACUUGGGCAGCAGCGUGGGAUCAUUUCAUGACGGUGUGAAUGUUAGUGCGAAUGGUUGUCCGUUUCUGUAUGUGCCCAUUGACUGACGUUUUUCCGAAAGUCAGCGUGUUCAGGCUCCAGCACCCCUUGCGGUGUUAAAAAUUGAUGUAAAGAAAUAUGACAUUGUUCUUUUCCUUUGUUUCUUCAAUAUGAGCAUUAUGAUCCUAAAGUUUGGGUUCAGUUUGUCUAAUGCUGUGCAUUUAAAUCAGAACUAAAAUGUUAUUUCUUUGUAGUAAGUAAAUAAAAUAUAUUUGAUUCAA